AUGGUUGCAACAGCGGAGACGCCGCUGAACAUAUUCUUGCAAAACCCAAAGUGGUGGCCCCCAAAGAACGCGAGGACCCCAUGCGGAUCACCUGAAGUAUCCACACAGUGCAGUGCACGAGAGGCUUCACAAGAUCGCAUCCAGCAGUUGCAAACCAUUCUCUCUGAAGCUUCCUUUGAGGCAGUUGGCCUGGAAGCGACUGCGGAAAGCACGCUGAGGGAUGGCAAUAGAGACUUUUCGUUUGAAGCUGCUUUUGGCAACGAUGAUCACCUUAGGCUCCAGCGAGUCAAAGAUGUUCCUCCUUGUUUUGCCCCUUUUACUCGCUUCAACUGCAACGUGACUCUAGUUGCGCAGAAGUUCUUCAACUCAGCCAUGGGCGCCACAGUCCUUUGUAGCGGAACUGCGGCUGUUCAAGAAAGCUGUGCGCGACAAAUGUUGAAGCACGCGAAGCCUGGAGAAGUCGUCUACGUCCGGCAUGUCAUGCUUACUGCCCCAAAGUGUACUAACCAGCAGCCCUUUUCUUAUGGCUUCCUGGUGGCCCGCCUUGGCUGCCUUCCCCAGGAGGUCCGCAGUCUCGUGCAGUCAGAAAGAAUGCCAUUUGGGGCCAUUCUAGACCGCUAUGGAAUCCGACGCUCCGUGGAGACGGAUAGCCAGUUGCAUGCGCAUCUGAACAGCAAUUUCUUCUGCGUAGGCGAUCAUUUGCCUAAUGGUGAAAAGCAUUGUUACACAUCCCAGAAGGCUGAAGGGAAGGGGCUGCAAGGGGAGAACCUUACGCGUUUCCGUCUCAAGACUUCAGGGGACUGUCAAUGCAAAGUUUUGCCUGAAGGGUCAAGCUGCACGUUCGGGCGCUUGACAACUGUUUGGUGCAAUGGGCAGCCUGCGGCGCGGGUCGUUGAACUCCUCAACGAACGAUUUGUGUUGCUUUCCCUUAUUCUGGCAGAAAAGGAACACAAACAGAUGGUUGAGGCUGAGAAUACCGAAGUCCCACAUUUAGCAGAGGCUACGAAUAGCUCCAUUGGCGCCUCUUUUCAAUCUCGUCUGGCGUUCCUGAAAGGACGGUGUCUAAUGUCUGUUGCACUCUGUCCCGUACACUACAAACUACUCCCCAGGCCCCAUGUGAAUCAAGAAAGUCUUAUGCUGCAGAAGAUCCCAAACGAGGGGUGUCGUCUCUGUGGAAGCAAAAGCUGCUCCACGGAUUUCCACUCGGUGUACACUGCAGACCUGCAGUGA